AUUAUUUGUCUAUCAUGUAAGGUAUCAGAAAAGUUAAAUUCAAAAGAAAUAAGGUGACAUGAUAGACUUUGUUUCAAUUCUUCUAGUCUUGCUAUCUGAUUCUUCUUAUCUUCUGGAUCAACAGUUGUAAUUAAAGAUAUUUUAGAUAAUGCAUGACAUUUCCUCACGGCCAGUUCACAUAAUCUUACCAAAUUUUGACACUAGAAUAUAACGUUAAUUCAAGAUAUAUUGAUAUAUAACGUACAAACUAAAUUGAAAUUAAAUACCUGAUGAAACGCUCUUAUAUAAGGAUCCUCAAUGUGAAUAUAUGUAACUGUUGUAUCUAAAAAUCUUCCAAAAACAGUAGUAUAACCAUGUCCUGUACUACCUGUUUCAAUUUUGAUUAAUUCUCUGUAUGUUCCACUUGCUUUUUGGGUUUCAACCAAAUCUUUUAUCUUUUCUGCUCUGUCUAGGUAUUGUGAUGCUCGGGUAGCAAAAUGUUUUUGCCUUGCUGGGUCUUUUGUUUCUUUCAUAGAAUCGAGAAGUAUUUGUACACCUUCUUGAUAUAACACUAAAGCCAUUGUAUACUGUUUAUUAUUAUCCAUUUCUACCGCUCGUUUUAGAAUCGAGGCUGCCGCACUUUCCAUUGUGUAUAUAUGUUAAACGAUCUACAUUAAAUUAUCUUUUCAGAGAUAAUUACGUACAUUUAAAAUGUAUUAAACAUUUCCAAUAUUUGAAUAAUUUCUGAUCUAUUUGAUCAUUUAAAAAAUGUCGAACACGUGAUCUGUUAUACAUGCGUAGAAGACUGCUAUUCAUUUAAUAAGUUGUAAAAUAUAAAAUCUCUCUUGCAAUAUAGUUUAUUCAUUCCAUUAUUACAUACUUGAAAUAUUAUCGAUUGUCGAAUAUAUCGAAAGUCGUGUCGAUUAACACUUGUGCAUCGAUGCAACAAAAUAAAAUAAUGGCGCUCGAAAAUAUUGCAAUUCUAACCUAACAUUUAGCUACUCGAGCUAUGUCAAGUUGGUGUAAUUUAAACGAGAUACAAAAUUAAUUGGAAUUUACUUUCAUUCGCGUAGAAUUCUUCAAUCAAAAAUACCAUUUUUAAAUAAUUUGUAAAUGUGUAAAGCAAACCUGAGAUAGUUAAUAGAAAAAGUCUGAAUACAGAUUUAAUACAGGUUUUAAUCGAAAUGCAAUAAUGGUCUCUCAACAGAUUCUGCGCUAUAUAUCAAUUCGUGCGCGAAAUUUUGAAUAGAAAACAGUGUACAAUAAGGAUAAAUGUAAAAAUUGAUAUAUUUUAUGUAAAUUAUAAUUUUUACAAUGAAAUCUACCAAAAACAGCGGAACUGGUCCCUUAUGGGGAGAAUUGCCAGCAAGAGAGACUUUAAAGCAAGAAGUAAUAACUCCAGAUAUUAUAGAAAAUAUUUGGAGACAAGUUAUAGAGGAAUCAAAUAACCUUGAUUGUGAUUUUCAAGUAGAUAGACAAAUUGAGAAGAAGGAAUGGUACUUGGAAAUAUGACAACAAUUGAAGCACAUGAUUUGCCAGAAAGAAAAGAAACCCAAAAUUCACUUCAAUUUUCACCUGUACAACAAGAAAGAAAUGUAUUUAAAGAUGCUUCUACAAUACACUAUCUCACACCAGAGGCAGCUCGGUCUAUAUUGAAGCAUGCAAUCAUUACUCUUUUGGCGCACAUUGGAUUUGAAAAGUCUUCAAAUAUAGCUAUAGAAACACUUACAGAUAUUGCAGAUCAUUUUCUAAGAAGAAUGACACUUUUGAUGAAAGCAGCAUAUGAACAAAAAGAUCAUGGUUUUCCGGAUAUACUAGAAAGGGUAUUAGUGGAAACAGGUAUUGGUGGAGUAGCUGCGCUUUAUGAUUAUUAUCAAGAAUAUGUGUUGAAAUUUGAAGAGAAUAUGAAAAGAAAGGUUGAAGCAAUGAUGGAAAAACAGAGGCAACUUGAAUUUAAUGCUUAUAGUUCUAAGAUGGUUCUAGAUGAAGCAGCUAAUAAAUUACAAUUUGAGGAACUUGAUGAAUUCGGGAAUGUUUAUCGAGAAGUGCCAACUCUUCAACUAUUAGAUCCUGAAAUGGGCUUCCCUCCUAGUCUUGAUGCUGGCUUUCAAAUGUUAUAUAGUCUUGAACAAGAUGAAUUAAAUAACUUGGAAAUAGAAGAAGAAGAAGUAAAUGUAAGCGACUCUCCGAAUACUGGACAACGACCGGAUACAUCAAGUGAUAAAAAAAGAUCUUGAUAUGCUUUUAAAUUAUGACGUAAUGAUUUAAAAUUUUAUUUUUGUUUCGUGUAAAAAGAAAUUUGUAACAAAUUCUUAAUAUCAAUAAUGUUUCUAAAAUUGUAUAUAUAAUAAUUUAAUAUUAAACAAUAUAAUGUAAUGUAUUAUUAAAUCCAUAAGAAAGCUCAACAUAAGACAUUUAACAAAUUUAUAUUGUAUGUAGGAUAUUUAAAAAUAAUUUAUAAUCAAGUUAUAUUCUUAUAUUAAAAAUAAUUAAUAUAC